AUGGUGUUGUACCCGGUGAUCCGGAAGCUGCUGGAUAAGCGCGUGGUGUUGGCCAGCGCCUCCCCGCGGCGCCAGGAGAUCCUGAGCAACGCGGGGCUCAGGUUCGAGGUGGUUCCUUCCAGGUUCAAAGAGCAGCUCAGUAAAGCCUCGUUCCCCACCCCUUACGCAUACGCCAUGGAAACGGCCAAGCAGAAGGCUCUGGAGGUGGCCAGGAGGAUGCACCAGAAAGACCUGCGGGCCCCUGACGUCCUCAUCGGAGCCGACACCAUCGUGGCGCUGGAGGGGCUGAUCCUGGAGAAGCCCGUGGACAAGGCAGACGCCUACAGCAUGCUGUCCCGGCUGAACGGGAAGGAGCACAGUGUGUUCACGGGGGUAGCCAUCAUCCACUGCUCCAACCAAGGCGGCGGGCUGCACACGGACAUCUCGGAGUUCUACCAGGAGACACGCGUGAGGUUCUCGCAGCUGUCAGAGGAGAUGCUGUGGGACUACAUCCACAGCGGGGAGCCCAUGGACAAAGCUGGAGGCUACGGCAUCCAGGCCCUGGGCGGCAUGCUGGUGGAAUCCAUCCACGGGGACUUCCUCAACGUUGUGGGCUUCCCCCUGAACCGCUUCUGCCAGGAGCUGGCUGACCUGUACUGUCUGCCACGCCCCGAGGGCCUGCACCGGGUCAAACACGACUCCAUCCCCGCCGUGGACACCUUUGAGGACCUCAGUGACCAGGAGGGCGGAGGCCCCAGCCAGGGAGGGGCUCAGGGGGGCCGCGCCCAUCCCCAGGCUCAGGGCAGGAAGGACAGGGAGGACGCAGACCAGGAACCCACCGUGGAGAGCGUGCCUCCAACUGCGAUUCUGGAACUGAUAGAUGGCUACAAAGUAUCCAAGGUCCUGGUCACAGCUUGCAACAUGAAGGUGUUCGACUUACUGAGAGAUGAAGGCCCCCUGCGUGCGGAGGACAUUGCCAGGAAAACCGGUGCCUCAGAGAUAGGAACUGGACAGCUGCUGGACGUCUGUGUAGCCCUGGGACUGCUGGACAAGACGGAGAGAGGUUACAGCAACACGCAGCUGGCCAGCCUGUACCUGCUGUCCGACGGCGAGUACUCCCUCCACAGCUUCGUCCUGUUCCAAAGGGACCUCAUCUGGCCCUUCUACUCCCACCUGGACUUCGCUGUCCAGGAGGGUGCUGUCCAGUUUCAGAGGGUUCUGGGAACAGCCGGGGAAGAAUCCUACGAGGGAUUGUUCUACCAGACCCAGGAGAGGAAGCUGCAGUUCAUGGCGGCCAUGCACGGCUACACGAAGGUGGCGGUUCGCCAGGUGGCCACGGCCUUCGACCUGUCUCGGUUCACCUCCGCCUGCGACCUGGGAGGCUGCACAGGCGCCCUGGCCUACGAGCUGGCCAGACAGUACCCGGGGCUGAAGGUGACCGUGUUGGACCUGCCAGAGGUCAUUGAGGACGCCGCGCAUUUCCGACCGGACGGACCGCAGACGGGGCAGGUCAGCUUCAUGCCAGGGGACUUCUUCCGAGACCCUCUCCCGGAGGCCGACCUCUACAUCCUCUCCAAAGUUCUGCACAACUGGCCGGACGAGAAGGUGCACCAGCUGCUCAGCCGGAUCUCCCGCAGCUGCAAACCAGGGGGCGGCCUGCUGGUGGUGGAGCUGCUGCUGGACGAGAAGUGCCAGUCUCUGAUCCCCGUGCUGCAGUCGCUGACCAUGAUGGUGCUGUUCCUGAGCAGGGAGCGCACCCUGAGCGAGUACCGCAGCCUGCUGCAGGCUCACGGCUUCACCGACGUGCGGGCUGCGUACCUCGGGAGCACUGUGGACGCCAUCCUGGCCACCAGAGCCUGACAGCCACCUGCAUACAGGUCACAGGGUCACUCCCUCGGGAGACAGCAGCCCACAGUCCCCAAGUGUGUCCCGUCAGGUGGAAAGUCGACUGCAAGGGGCGGCGUCACACCCCAGGUGAAAGAAGGUGCUCAGCCCUGGCUCUAGGAGCGGGGUGGUGGGGCUGCGCGGGACAGGGCAGUGCUCACUGGGUCCCUCCACGCGUCAGCGGAGGCAGUCACCAGGGCACAGGCCGUGUCAUUCCCAUGUGUACGUUCCAGCUCCGCCACAGCCCCCAUCAGCACAGUGUUAGAUGCACAACUUGUGGACAUGUGGUUUCUGCCUGAGAUGGAUUUUAUACACAAUCCGGAUGUCGAUUUACAAGACACACACACCUGCACGAUUUACACAGUGCAGAUAAUCACAGCCACCCACCCGUGCACAGUCCCGGGUGGACACCUUGGUCCUGCACUCUCCCCUGUGCCCUGAGCCCAGGACCCACCCACGGGAGACCCCCGGCUGCCAGGGUGACAGCCAGGUGACCCUUGUGGGAACUGAGGAAGGGUCCCGGUCCCCUGACACCAAGUGCUGUCCCCUUAUUGCUGCUGGAAAUGUUCCUAGAAACAAUGAACACAGUGAGAAGAC